AUGGCUCAAGGCGCCAAGUCUCAGCAACGCAAGCGGUACUGGCUUCUUACGUCUCCUCGUACUGCCUCCAAUCUGCUAGUCAAGAUGCUCAAUCUUGACGAGCAGGGUGUCCGUCCAGCACACAACGGAGGAUACUUUUUCCUCCCAACUGUGCCCAAAAUCUUCCUCAUCAACGAGAAACCAAUGGAUACUUGGACACACGAAGAGAGCGAGAUAGUUAGCACCGCGCUCCAAAAGUGCUCGGAGAACUUUCAAAACCAUAUUGCGGCAGCUGAACAGGAGGGACAAACCCUCUACGUGAAGGAACAUACUCUCAUGAUGACACAUCCGCAAUUCGAAAAUCAUUAUGUACAUAACGCCAAGGUGAUUCAAGAAGAAGCAGCACCACUUGAGAUGAGAAAUAUCGCUCAGCCAACUCGAUCGCCGCUCAACCUUACCCUCUUCCCAGACGAAUUCCUCAAAACCUGGAAUCCCACAUUUCUCAUUCGCCAUCCUGCAUUGAUGAUACCUUCCCAUUACCGAACCUGCCUCUCUGACCUAGAAGUGGACGGGUAUAAACGUCCGGGCAAGAAACCCAUGGCAUCAGAGAUCACGACGCGAUGGCAAAGGACUUUAUACGAUUUCUACGCCGAGCAUUUUGCAAAUGACAGUAUUUGGCCAAUUGUCAUCGAUGCUGACGAUGUCAUGACAUGUCCUCCACUCGUUUCCAAGUAUGCCCAGCUCUCAGGCCUUGACGAAAGCAAGGUCCGCUACUCUUGGGACAAGGUGGGCGAACAGGAAUUGAACAAGAUGAAUGACAGUGCCAAGAGGAUGCUUAGCUCUAUCAAUGCAAGCACCAAGAUUGACACAAGCAAGGUUGCAGGCAAUAUUGAUAUUGACCAGGAGGUCGGAAAGUGGAUAAAGGAAUUCGGCGAGGAAGACGCCCGCUCGCUUGAAAAAUUGGUGCGGGAUGCAAUGAACGAUUACAACUUUUUACACUCCAAGAGACUGAGGCUGGAGCAGGAAUAG